UAUUGAUUUGUAUUCACAAUUUUUAAUUCAAGUACGCAGCAGUGAAAUUCGUGGUGCUCCAGGAAAAUGUAGAAAAUUUCGGUCUUUCAAUAAACGGAUUAAUAAAAUAUUUACUAAAACUAGAAAACGAUUGUCGGUAGUUCUUUUUGCAAAUAAAUUUAAUAUCGGGAAUCAUGGAUUUUCCACAGCAAUUGGAAGAAAUUUUAGUGGAGCGGCCACCAUCCUCCUUUGAUGUUAUAAUGGAAUCACCAUUGUGUGCUGCCAAUAGCGUUGACCGGAAAGGGAUCGCUUACAAAGCAGGCAACAAGUUUGAAACCACUUCUGUGUUAGACAAAAUGAAUACCAGUAUAAAUAGCACAUUGGAGGAUACGACACCAAGUGACUCUGGUGUACAGAUGCUGGACUCGGAAUCAAGCGAAUUUAUGGUAGAAUCCAUAACUUCACAGACAGGUUUCGAAUUUGAAGAAUUAAAAUCAUAUGCACAAGAACGCGCUGAUAGUAAUGAACAGGUGGCUGUCGUGGCAGGGCCACCGUCAGCAGUGGAAGAACGUCAUUUCGUUAGUGCGGCAUUCGAAGAGAUAGUAGCUGGUGUGGAUACUAAUUCUAAUGUAACUACAAUAGACUCGACAAACGAUAACUCCCUUAAUAACGUCCCCAUCGAAGAAGCAAUGACCACGAGCACUUGUUCUACUUUCGAUGCCACAGAAAAUAUCGUAUAUCGGAGAAAAGUACGCAAAACACCUAUCGCACCCAAGGCGCCCAAAAAGCGUGUCUCUUUUCACGAGGACAUACUCAAGAAUACACGCACCGACAACAUACACAUUGAGCAUGGCUUCAUAACUUAUAAGGCAGGUCGAAAGGCACUACAACAUAUUGGCCCUGCUGGACGCUAUUCGUGGUGUUCGGGGGGUGAUGGCGGUGCAGCUGGCAAAAAUGUAGCACAAUCCGAGUUGUGUGCGCACGCGCACGAAGAUGAAGGAGAACAAAAAAGUUGCGAACAAAGACGACGCUGUGUUGUCUAUCGGAAUGCAUGCUCUGAUGUACUCGAUUAUGGCAAUUCCGAUGUUUACGAUAUGGAGGAACAAAAGGCAUUACAAUAUGAUAAUUCAGGAGUUUUUGAGUAUAUGCCAAAGGAACGUAGCGUUGCAGACGAAAAUGCAGGUGUGAGCAACAUUGGAGCAGAAGGCCAACAAGUGUUGUAUCGAUGCUCCUGCUCUAGUUCGAAUUCCAGCUUGGACUCAGAUGAAAAUGAAAAAAAUUCAAACAGGCAGCAAUAUGGACAGGCAAAAAGUAGUUCAUGCGAUUGCAUCGGCAUGAGUAAUGCCAACAAUAAUAUAAUUGGUGACAACUGCUAUUUCUCCGAACCAAAUAUCGACAACCUAAACGAGAAUAACCAGAAGAAAUCCGUUUGGAACAAGGAAAAGAAACCAAAGUCAAGUUGUUUAAAAAAACCCAAACGCAAUACCAACAUCAUCUACGAGCAGGAUCUGAGUACACGAGUGAAAAAAUUCAAUGUGCAUGAUAUGAAUCAACUGAUUGAUAACAGUAGCAAAAUAAUUAUUGGAUCGUUGAAGAGUAUCUUCACCAUGCCGCUUCCGGAACGCGGCGUACCCGAAGGCUCCGAAGAUCUACAAUCAGUUGUCGAGUGCAUACCAGAACUGGAGCCACAAACGCCAGAGCAUAAAUCGACAAAACCAGCAGAAGAUCAAAUAAUAUCACCACCUUCGCCACCACUCAAACAGAAACCAUUCCUAAGCAAAAGCCUCGAUGGCUCUAAAAAGUCGCAAGGGGUUAAGAAAUUUGUACACAAUGUGGAUGAGCAAUUGCGACGUAAGAACGAUGAAGAAAUGUAUGCACCAACGCGUCAAAGCAGUGAUGAGAAAACUGUCGCAGAUACGCCCAACAGGACGCUGCAGAGGCAAGAAGAAAUCGAUGCAGAUCAGCGCGAUGAGCUCGUGAACACCAAUACGCAAACGCAACGGAGUGUGGAGUCGAAUGACGUCGCCGUCACCGACAUUCAACAGCCGCAGCCGUCUACUGAGCCACCGACACAAUUUCGUAACAAAUUUAUUGUUAAUUGUGAGAGCACUGUUUUCGAGCAUACAGGUGUUUCCUACUGCUAUGAUACAAAUGAAAUGCUUAAUCUCGAUUUGGAUACAGCUAGCCAUACGCCUGGCAGUGUGGCUUCUAGCUUGCUAUUGGAAGAUGAUACACCAAUCGCACAACCAGAGCCGGAUCAGUUGCGUAGUGCAUUUAGCGCUGCUCCCAUAGCCAAGACAUUCUCAAACUUCUUUCGCAGUUUCAACAAGGAUUCAACUUCAACGCCCAAUGCUAAAAAGACGUCAACAGCGGCUACUAAGGGUAUUAAUAUUGCAGAAACGCAGCAGAGAUCAGGCAUUGACAUGAAAUUCUCACCCAAUACCAACUCUCUUACGAAUGCUAACGAUCUCAAGCAACUUUCCAACCAUCGAUUACCCAACACAAUCUCUUCAUCGACAAUAUCUGAGUUGACCAACACUUCCAGUGCGAGCUCAUUGCCACCAGCGAUGUCAAAAGCUGUCAGUGCUUCAAUUUCAGUUGGUAGUGUGGGCAAUAGCAGCAACAACAGCCUAGCUAUAGGACAAGAACUGCGUGGAAACAUAGAAAAACAGCAGCGUCACUUGCCUUCGCCACUGAAGAAGCAUGCUAGUGGCAGCACCUUGGCCGCACAACCACAACGCUAUGGAACAAUUUCGGGAAGCAAUGGCAAUACAGCUGCUUGUCCUCCAUCCGAUCCGUCUUUGCUUAGUCCUGAUAUUUUUAAUGUCGGUAGCACUGUCGGCUUAGCAAGUAGUUCGGUUGGUGGCGGCGGUUGCGCAGCUGGUAGUUACAUUGGUGUACGUGGUGGCUGUGGACGUGAUUCGAAGAGCACCAUACUCAGCGAAGAGUUUGAUGAUAUUAUAACCAUUACAACGGAUACGGAUAAAAAUGAAAGUGAUAUUGUUAUUGUUGAUUACCCCAGUGAGUUGAGUGAGCGACAAUCUAUGAGCGACUAUGCGAAUCUAUUGAAGCCACCACAGACAAACAAUGCAAAAACAUCAUUAAUUAAUCGUUUCUUGCGCAAUGUUACACAGAAGAAGAUACUGGAAUCUUCCAUACGCAAAAAUAAUUUCUUUGCUGGCAAGUUGAAAAGUGAGCAGAGACUAUUCUCGGGAAAUUUGUAUGUACCCGGAGUGAAACCAAAGAACUAUGAGCUAAUUGACGAUUUGAAUGCGGAAAUUGCAAUGGAGAUUGAAAUGUCGGGUGCUAAUUCGCCGCGACGUGAGUUGGUGCAAAUUGACGAUCUGCCAGGCGAUGUGUCGCGUUUCGAACUUGGAAUUGGGGAGAUAUCAAUUGAUAUAUUUAAUGGAAAUUAUCUGCAUAUACUGCGCGAUCCCACAGAGCAGCUGAUGAAGGUCUUUAAAUUAUACACCGGCUAUAGUUGCGAAGGCUACAUGACACCUGUUUUAGUUUUUCUUACCGAUCGUACAUUGUACGUUGCAGAUUUAGUGCGCAAUCGUUUAUGCUCAAAAUUCGUGCUCACCUACGCUGAGCUGGAUGUAAUACUUAUGGGUCCAUUCGGCAACACUGUGUUGCUUAGCAAUAGCACCCGAGAUAUGCAACAAGUAUUACUUGCCGGUGGCCCAUAUCCCGCUGAUGGUUUGGUAGCAAAUUUGGAAAUGUGCGCGCGUCGCAGUGGUUCUUCUUUGCCAGCUGUCGGCCAGCUAUCAUUUGCUCAUCUUGCGCCAUUGCAAGCCUUUGUGCGUGAAAAUUCAUCGGUUGGCGCCACAGACACUUGGAUGUACUAUGCGGUAGUGAAUGUGCCCGCUGGCGUUUUAGGCAGUGAACAAGAGCCUUUGGGGCCUCAUGUAAAAGGCUUUCUCAUGCACCGGCGCAUUAAAGAGCAUCAAUCUAAUAAUAGCGCAAACAAGCACAUCUGGAAUCCAGGAUAUUUCCUUUUGAAAGCUGGUGUCUUGUACAUGUUUAAUGAUUCGACCCAAAAAAUACCUAGUUGGGCCAUGGCGCUUGCUGAAUGCCAAGGUGCGCGGCGGGCCGUUAAAGCUGGACGACCACACUGUUUCGAAAUAAUUUUGAAAGGUCAACUGCUGCAAUUAGCUGCACCAGAUGAGUAUGUCGCAUCCGAAUGGCUGCAAGCGCUACUACAGACUGCAAGUGGUCUUUUUGAAAUGCAAGAGAAACAUAAGACCCUUGGCUGUUCGCUCGUAGUGACCCAAAAUCAUUUGAUCACAUUGAGAGAAGAUUUUUCCGCGCCACUGAAUCAAAUCAAAAUUGAUACUGAAAAGGCACCAAAAACCACCAUGGCCGGUGUUGGCAAGGACUUCAAUGUUGGCGUUAAUGAUGAAUACAGUCAAAUGACUGGAGAAACAGGAAGUUUGCUAAGUUCCGCCAUGAGCACACCUACGCGUUUCGCACAACGCUCCUGUUCAUCUAUGAAUUCUACACCCACUAAACUCUCACAGCUAUCGCAGUCCACAGCUACAGGAGGUGGUAAUACAACACAUUCGACUUCCACCAAUGCUACUACCACCACCACUACGAACGCAACCUCAAUAGCCACUACUACCAACAUCACUAACUAUUCGCGGCAAUUACAAGCGGAAUGCGGCACUAAGUUACCCAACGCAAGUUACUCCAACAUGUAUAGCGUCUAUGGCAAAAAUUCCGGGCUCGAGAUACUCACUUGCGCGGAUAUAAAAGAAAUGACCGGCAUUAAGAUACCAUCACACAAUGAUACAUGGUGGUGUGUAUUGGAGUUCUCUUGUCAGGAAGUGCGUGAGAGUACCGAUGAUUUGGUGAUCUUCUUUGCGAGCAGCUCGGAAAUGCAACGCUUUCUGCGGCUACUCGAACACUUGUGGCAGGCAAAGAAUAAUGAUUUAUUCCCCAUAACGGUGCUGGAUGAGGAUGACUUAAUAGCCGAGCAAUGCACUAUGCUUUACAUGGAUAUAAAUCGUGCGUGGGAGCCGCUUUUAUCCGCCGCUAUGGGCUAUCCAUUGUGAGGCGUUUAAAAGCAAUAAAAAAAAUGUGUGCAGGCAGGAUGGAGUUAAUAGAAAAACAUAUAUACAACAUAUUUUUGCAAGUGAAAUAUGUUACCAAGAUGCGCAAAGACGCAAAAACAAAAGGUGUGGCUUCUCCUUCACCAAAAUAGGCUUUCGUACUCUCAAAACUUAUCUUAAACUUAAUUAAUAUAUGAACUAUUUAAAGGCAUAUUAAACACACACAAACACAUAUUCAUAAAAAGAAAUGAAAGCAAGAAGCUAUAGUAAAGUGCUAGUUGAAGUAGGGUUGAAAGUGAUUGCUAUGAGAGAGAAUGAAGGAAAUGCAUACUUCGUUUUUGUUGGCAAGAAUAUUAAGUUUUUGAAUCGUAAUUUGGAUCGCGUUAUUUAAAAAAUCUUCAGUAAACGAUUAAUUGCAACUUAUUUAAAAAAUCUUUUAUGUCUUG